AUGGACCUCCACGACUUCGACUUUGACCGACACGUCGAGGCCAUCCAAGCUCGCUCAAGCCCUGAGGAGCUGUCCAAUCCACACCAGCCGUUUUCGCCGCCUGCGCCUCUGCAAACGCCCUGGGACCGCCAUGCUGGAAGCCUCGGCACAAAUUUUGUAGAGCGAUUCGACGAAGCCCAAAUGGCCAUGGCCGCGACAGCCAACGCAGCCCGACUGGGGCUCAUCAAGGACGAGCUUGCCAUCAUCGCCGGGAAAAUCACCCCCGGGGUCGACGACACCCCGUACAUUCAGAAUGCUUUGGAGGCCUUGACUCGUGAGCCAAGGAGCAGCUCCAGCGACGAUUUGGCUCCGGACCCCGAUGAAGAGCUCGCGUCAGCAAAUGUAGCACCCCCGGCACCUGCACAAGACGCGGCGCCAAAUGAGCCCGCUUCGCCUGCCGCAACGAAACUCCAGAGACCUCCGGAUCAAUGGAUUGCCGUGGACAAGAAUGCCUUGCAGACCAUUGAUCCCCGCGGAAGAACAUACCCGCCCCUCACCUUCAAACCACGGAUCUUGCGACCCCUUUCAAUGGGAUUAAUGUUUAUUCUAUGCCUCUUGAUGAUGGCAGCCCUCAUCUUCUCCAAUAGAUUUUCCGAACAACACGUCGGGUUGACGCCGUACCCCGGAAGCAUAUACUCUGGGCAAUAUUUCCUCUUCCGAAUCUUGCCGCAACUCGUAGCGGCCGCCGUCCUCAUCUAUGCGCAAAACAUCCUCACGGCGUCACUUCGAAUACUACCCUUCACCACCAUGGCCAAGGAGGACCCUCGGGAGCGAUAUCUGGCACUGCUUCAGAGCCUGUACCCCAAGUCGUUUCUGCGUCCACAAUUGGUUGGGCCGUGGCAGAUCAUGGCUUUUGAUCUGGCAACUUGGCUUGCGGCCUUGACCAUCCCCCUGCAAAGCGCGGCCUUUACGUGCAUAUACGUCAAGGACCGGUGGAUCUGGGCGCCGUCUCAAGGCGUGGCGUGGACCCUGGUCGCUCUCUAUGCAUUCCUGGCGGUGACGACUAUCAUUUUGAUGGGUUUCUGGCUCAAGCAGUGGACAGGACUUCGGUGGGACGUACGAUCAAUCGCGGAUCUCAUUCCUCUCCUCAACCGGACGAACACGAUGCACAGCUACACUCGCCAAGCUGUGCUCGGACCCGUCGGCGACUUUAAGACGGAGCUGCGGGACCGCUGGUUCGACCGGUUGGGAUACUGGCAGGCAGAAGACAUGUUGUCAGGCGGCAUCUGGCACACAAUCGGUACUUCAGCAAUGCCAGCACAUCGCGGGGCAGAGGCCACGGGCGCGGACCAGGCCAAGAGGGGGAGCUAUGAAUUCUCCAUCGGGUCCCGGGACAUGGCCGACUUCAGCGCUACUGGCAAAGCUUACCUGCCCUGGUGUCUGCGCGAUGCGCCACUGAUUGCGUUCAUCAUCGCAACUGGCGCGCUGCUCGUUGCGCUGCUCAUCGUAUCCUUUUUGCCCCAGACUCGACUGGAUGCCGGCUUCGUCCCGAGGCUCGAGGCUCGGCCCAAUCAAGCGGCCUUUUCCCCCGCCGACUUCCUGUACAGCUUCCUCCCCGCUUUGUUAGGGAUGGUGCUGUUUUUGCUAUUCCAGAGCCUGGACCAGUCACUGCGCAUUUUGCAACCGUGGGGGGAACUGGUCAAGGCGGACGGCGCGACGGCUCGAAGAUCGAUCCUGGCCGACUACGCGGCAUGCCUACCGUUUCAGUCGACCUGGAGGGCCCUCGGAAAUGGGCACUGGAGAGUGGCAGUCACAUCGCUCAUGGCAGUGCUCUUUGUUUUCAUACCGGUCCUAGCCGGCGGCUUGUUCAUGGCCUUGACCACGACAGAGGAACAGGUUCGGAUGUUCCCGAGCAUGCCAGUGUUUGGCGCCCUUCUCGCAUUCCUGUUGCUUUAUGUGGGAAACCUCGUUUUAUUGGUGCCCCGCCGCCGGCAAUUCCUGCUGCCCCAUCCAGUCAGCUCUGUCGCCACCAUCAUCAGUCUUUGCUCGGCCGACGACCUCGUCCGAGACGCCGCUUUCCGCGCCGUCUGCUCCCAUCGCGAUCUUGUCCUGCGGCUGGGCGCGAGCCGGGACGACCCGCGCGAGGAAAGCGUCUGGUUCCUGGGCCUGUCGCCGGGCAGGGACGAACACCAGCUCAGCAUCCGGCGGCUGAAGCGGUAUACGGAGAAGGGCAGGAGGAUGUGA